CUACGAUGACGAUACGGGAACUUCCCUUUGACCUCUACGUACAGAUUCUCGAGCAGUUGACACCAUUGACAGAUUCUGAUGAGAGCAUUAAUGCGCUUAUAUCUUGCUUGAAGGCAAGCACUUCCCUUCGGACAGCUGCAUCUGUUUCAAGACUAUGGGAACCACAUUAUCGUGUCCGAUAUACAAUAUGUGACCCCGCGAAAGAGCAAUUGCGAAAGCAAUCUACAGGUGGCGACUGGCGACUGAUGUAUCUCGAGAGGCGGCGCAUAGACCUCGAGACAUUGGGCAUAUUGUUCAAGAUCGUCACAGAACGGGGUGACAGAAGACUGGAAAGAGCGCGAGAGGUCAACACCAUGUUCUCGUUUGACGCAUGGAAUGCCCUCGAGAUUGCCGCAAAUUAUCCGCUUCCGGAGGCAUUCCGCGAGCCAGGAGCUCCAGAGCAGGGUCCCGCUCCCCCUCACGCAGUUUCCAUUCGCUUUUGGGCUCAAAUGCUUCUUGGUGCUAUUGCUAGAAGUGACGCUGUUCGCACCUGGGGGGAGCUUAUAUCCAAUGACACACCCCAAGCGUUGGAGCUUUCAUUCGCUUGCGUGUCCAGCUUUUUCGUAUACCCUCCCAUGAAGGUCUUGUCCCAACUUGAGGAACUUACGGCUCUCUGCAAUGCCUACUUUAUCGAGCGUCAAAUUCCCCUUGAUCCGGCUGAAUUUACCAGCGAUGCUGGAAAGCUCAGACUCGUCUGUUCCUCGAUCUGCGACUUUUUGUGGAGCUGUGGCUUUGAAGCUGCGGAUGGGCAACGGUUUCACAUGUUGCAAAACCGCUUUCCUCACCUUUUCUUGACUACGCAUAAGGCAACUAUACCCAUAUCACUUGUAUACGUUUUCGUGUGCAUUGCACGAAAAAUGGGCAUUACAGCAGCACCUGUUGACUUUCCUACCAGAGUUCUGGCCGUCGUGUCUUCUCCCGACCCAGAUGUCUCAGAAUUUUUUGUCGAUGUUUUUGGCUCACGAACACAAGCCAUUCUGACGCUCCAUGACGAUAUUCCGCACUUCCUCAUUCAAGCAGGAAUCACCGCUACUUCAACGCUCCGUUGGACUACCCCCGCUUCCUCCACCUCUAUGCUGGUACGGGCAUCCCGGAAUGUCUUAGCGUCCGUCUACGACUUCCCCGCAGGACCAGUUCCUGAAGUUGUGCUGCACACAGCAUUCUAUGCCAGCCUCGUGAUCAACGUCAUCUUUAUGAACAACCAUAGGUAUCUCUUGAAUAUAAUGAAACAUCUCAAUUGGUUCCUCCUCGAUCUGCUGCCGGUGCUUGUCGAUUCAUUGACUCCUCUUUUAAACCCGCACCUCCAAGAGCAGCUCACGACGCAAUGUAAGACUAUCAUGGAGGACGAGAAGGAAACGGCUACUACCUCCCAUCCUCGUUCUGCACUCACACAGGAGGUGAAAUUCUUCGUUGGCAUGGUUUUCAAGCAUGCAGCCCAUGGAUACGUGGGAUAUGUGUACGGCUGGGAUCCCUCCUGUGCAGCGGCCGAGGACUGGAUCCGUGAGAUGGGUGUUGAUUCACUCUCUCGAGGGCGCCAUCAACCCUUUUAUCGCGCUCUAACUCAGAGUGGCUCCUUGCGCUAUGUUGCAGAGGAUAACGUUGGAACGACAUGUCUGGAACCAGCUGAUGUACGCAGAAUUUUCAUAGACGCACCAGAGGCAGGGAGGUACUUCGAGGACUUGACCCAAGUUGAUGGGAGAGCAAGGUUUCUGUUGAGCCCAGAACUGAAUGCAGCGUAUCCUGACGAUGAAGCCUUUGGUGAUCGGUGGCUCAAGCAAGGAGAGGUUUGAUCAUACAUCUAUUGAUAUCGGAUAAGUAGCCCGAUCGUCCAAAGAAUCAAGAAGAAAUACAUAUGUACACGUGCUAUCCAAUACAUAUUAAUUGAAGCGAUAGAGAAU